AUGACCGCCGAGAAAGGGAAGACGAGAAUGGCGGCGGAGGUGAGCUCCAUCGCCAGGAUGCUCCGCGGGGAGGCGGGGAAUGGUAGGGGCGGCGCCGCGAAGCCGUCGGAGAUGGUGACCAUGGAUCUGCUCGGCGGGUGCGGCGGCGACGCCGGCGUGGAGGAUGACGUCGUCGACCUAGAGGUCAAGGUGCCCGCCGGCUGGGAGAGACGGCUCGACCUGCUGUCCGGCAAGACGUUCUUGACUCCUAAUCGCCACCAGGCCAUCCAAGACGGCCGCCAGGACCUCAACCUGCCUCCCACGGCAUCCACCGCCGCCGUUGCCGUCACCACCAACUCCUCCGCGUUCUGCACCCUCGAUAUGGUCCGCUGCGCCCUAGAGCGCGCCGCCGCCGCGCGGUCCGCCACCUCGCCGGACACGUCGUCCUCCUCGUUGGCGUCCACCUCAUCCUCGUCCUCCUCGCUGGGAAAGCGCAGCCGCUCGCCGCCUUCAAGCACGGCGUCGCCCGCCGCGAACCAGGCCAUGCGCGCGUGCGCCUGCCCGUCCUGCUUCACGUACGUGCUCAUCGCCGAGGCCGACCCCUGGUGCCCGCGGUGCGCAUCGAAGGUGCCGCCGCUCCCCAGUAAGCCCGCCGCCCACAGCAGCGGGAAGAAGCCUAGGUUUGACCUGAAUGCUGACGCCGAUGAGACCGAGUGA